AAUGAAAGACAUUAUGGGCCUUUCUUAUUGAAGAAUAUGGCCGACAUUUUAGUAUUACUGUCAUGAAGAUUUUUCAGUGACUAAAUUUUAACUUUGUAGUUCUUCAUGCACGGUUUUAUGUUCCCCAAACAUUUUAUUUUUUAAUUGCUUAGACGGUGUUUAGUGUAAGCUAUUUUGUUGUAAGAAAUGGCAGCUGAUCGCGAGAUUGCUGCUGAGGACAGUAUCAGAGUGGUAUGCCGAUUUCGACCACUGAAUGACUCUGAAGAAAAAGCAGGCUCCAAGUUCAUUGUGAAAUUCCCCUCGGGGCCUGACGACAAUUGCAUUUCUAUAGGGGGCAAAGUAUACCUGUUUGAUAAAGUAUUCAAACCAAAUGCAACUCAAGAAAAGGUCUACAAUGAAGCAGCGAAGAGUAUUGUGUCUGACGUACUUGCUGGAUACAAUGGCACCAUAUUCGCAUAUGGACAGACCAGUUCUGGUAAAACACAUACCAUGGAAGGUGUCAUAGGUGAUCCAGGUAAACAGGGUAUUAUUCCACGGAUAGUUAAUGAUAUAUUCAAUCACAUCUACGCAAUGGAAGAGAACCUUGAGUUCCAUAUUAAAGUUUCAUAUUUUGAAAUUUACAUGGACAAAAUCAGGGAUUUACUAGAUGUCUCAAAGGUGAAUCUUAGUGUUCAUGAAGACAAAAAUAGGGUCCCGUUUGUAAAAGGUGCUACUGAACGUUUCGUGUCAAGUCCUGAGGAAGUAUUUGAAGUAAUUGAGGAAGGAAAAUCAAAUAGGCACAUUGCAGUCACAAAUAUGAAUGAACAUUCAUCAAGAUCUCACUCUGUCUUUCUCAUAAACGUGAAACAGGAGAAUUUGGAAAAUCAAAAGAAACUUUCUGGAAAACUCUAUCUUGUGGACUUGGCUGGUUCCGAAAAGGUAUCUAAAACUGGUGCUGAAGGUACAGUGCUGGAUGAAGCCAAAAAUAUUAACAAGUCACUUUCAGCUUUGGGUAACGUCAUCUCGGCAUUAGCAGACGGAAACAAGUCACACAUCCCUUACAGAGAUUCAAAAUUGACCCGUAUUUUACAAGAGUCUCUUGGUGGUAACGCCAGGACUACCAUCGUCAUCUGUUGUUCACCCGCCUCAUUCAACGAAAGUGAAACUAAGAGCACACUUGACUUUGGUAAAAGAGCCAAGACUGUCAAGAAUGUUGUUUGUGUCAACGAAGAGCUCACGGCUGAGGAAUGGAAACGUCGCUACGAGAGAGAGAAAGAGAAGGUGGCUAGGCUGAAGGGCAAGGUUGAGAAAUUGGAAGCGGAGCUGAACCGCUGGCGCUCUGGUGAGACUGUACGGCUGGAGGAACAAGUCAAUUUGCAGGAGAUUGAAGCAGUCACUCCUGUCACAUCCUUCAUCGAAGAGAAACCCCCGGCGCCUCCGGUACCCGUCGCAGUGGCCAGUGUGGUGGAAGACGCCGCCAUGCAGGGCAAGCUGGAAGCUUUAUACCAACAGCUGGAUGACAAGGAUGAGGAGAUCAACCAGCACUCUCAGCUCGUCGAGAAACUCAAGGACCAGAUGAUGGAGCAGGAAGAGCUUAUUGCUUGCACAAGGCGCGACUACGAAGCCCUGCAGGGUGACAUGAACCGCAUCCAGCAGGAGAACGAGGCCGCCAAGGAGGAGGUGAAGGAGGUGUUGCAGGCGCUUGAGGAGCUCGCCGUCAACUACGACCAGAAGUCGCAGGAGGUGGACAGCAAGAGCCGCGAGUGCGACCAGCUCAGCGAGGAGUUGCAGACCAAGCAGAGUGCCCUUGCGAGUGCUACGUCAGAGUUGCAGCAACUGCGCGACUUGUCUGCGCACCAGAGGAAGCGCAUCGCCGAACUUCUCACAAACUUGCUGAGAGACCUGGCCGAGAUCGGUGCCGCUGUUGGAGGAUCCGAACUCGACUUUAAGCUAAACGUGGACACUGUCGGCAAACUGGAAGAGGAAUUCACAGUAGCUCGUCUCCACAUCAGCAAGAUGAAGAGCGAAGUCAAAAACAUUGUCCAACGUUGUCAUUCCCUUGAAUCGGCCAACAUUGACGCCAAUCAAAAGAUCGAAGAAUACGAGCGUUCGCUCGGCGAGUGCCGUCUUCUCAUUUCACAACACGAGGCGCGCUGCGCGUCUCUCGCCGAGUCCAUGCGCGAAGCCGAGAACAAGAAGAGGCAACUGGAGGAGGCCGCCGACGCGUUGCGAGAGGAAUGCGCUCGUCUGCAGGCGGCGGAGCGCGUGCAGCUGGCGGCGGCGGAGGACUCGCAGGUGCGCGGCGCGCUGGAGGCGCAGCUCGAGCAGCUCCGCGCCGCGCACGCCACGCAGCUCUCCGCGCUGCGCGACGAGCUCGCCGCGCUGCAGCGGCACCACCAGGACCUCAAGGACACGUACCAGGAGCUGACCUUGGCGCGCCAGCAGCUGCAGGACGACUACGAGAAGCUGAAGCGCGAGGAGGCCGACAAGUCAGCCAAACUCAAGGAGCUCAUACAAAGCGUGGAGCGGCGUGAGCAGGCUCGCGCCGAUCUCAAAGGAUUGGAAGACACCGUGGCCAAGGAGCUGCAAACCUUGCACAACCUGCGUAAACUGUUCGUACAGGACUUGCAGGCUAGGAUAAAGAAGUCGAACAAUUCGGAAGAGGGUGCCGAAGAGGAGGGUGGCUCGCUCGCCCAGAAACAAAAGAUUUCAUUCCUGGAGAACAACCUGGAGCAGCUGACGAAGGUGCACAAGCAGCUGGUGCGCGACAACGCGGACCUGCGCUGCGAGGUGCCCAAGCUCGAGAAGCGCCUGCGAGCCACCAUGGAGCGCGUCAAGGCACUCGAGACCGCGCUCAAGGAGGCAAAGGACGGCGCAAUGCGUGACCGUAAGAGAUACCAGUUCGAGGUUGACCGAAUUAAGGAGGCUGUGCGCGCCAAGAACUUGGCUCGACGAGGACCACAGGCGCAGAUAGCCAAGCCGAUCCGUGCGGGCGGCGCGCACCUGGCGAGCGCGGGCGCGGGCGCGGGCGCGGGCGCGGCGGGCGCGGGCGCCGGCCUGGCGCGCGCUGCGCCGCAGGACAUCAAACGCAAGUCCAUCAUUGUGGGCGCGCGAGAUGAAAGUUGAAGAGAUCGCCGUUGCAUCGUAGAGAAUUUAAAUGAAACUUUAUAGACGCACCUCAAAAGGGCGGCGAAGAUCAUUCUUUUAAAAAUUAUAUCCAUUAUAAUAUUUACUAUUGUGUGUUACGAAAAGCCUAAAAUAAGCUGCAACAAAAAAAUAUCGUAGAGUUCUCUUAGGCUUAUAACUUUCGAGCUGUCUAUACUUAAGCGUCUGUAAGUGCACGUGGAUUUAGAUAGAAUAGCUUUUCGCCGAUAAUAGGUUUCAUGUAAAUUCGAUAUCGGCUAAUGUUAUUACCCAUGCAAAAAGUAUUAUUGUGAGCUAACGAAAGCCGCGACGGUUGUUGCCGUUUUUAAGUGAUAGGAAUGAAUAAAAAAUAUUUUUAUGGAAUGACAAGUAUUAAAUUUAGUUUCUGAAUACAGCAGUGCUUACGUGCGGACUACGUUAAAUCAUGAAUGAUAAUGCCUUACCACAUACUCAUGGGGAGAAAUGUGGCCAACUGUGGUAUGUCUAAAUGUUCAGUACAAAAAUGCCGAGCCAGUUACCAAAUGUGUUAAAUUAAAUGACACCGAACAUAAAUUGCAGCCCAUUUCUAUCCCAUGAAUUGCAUAAAUAGACAUUUUAAAGAUGCAAUUAUUUGUCGUUAUUGUUAAGAUCAGCUGUGAAUUACUUACUAACUUGCAUAUGCUACCGCACAAAUAAAACUUAAAAAAACAAAAAAAAUGUAUGUUAUGGUCGGCCACAUUAUGGAUUCCACGUGUGGUGGCAAAUGCAUAGCACUGCAUCUUCAUGUGUAGUUGUAGUUUAAGCUUCUUUGAUAUAUAUUUUUAUAUAUUGUGAUAAGCGUUAAUAUGCCGACAUCCGAGCAUUUAUUUUAGUUAACGAAACGAAACACUUCUGAGUAUGUUAAAAGGUGUCAUGGGUGAUAACAAGAGGACUCCAAAAUAAUCAGAAUGAUAGACUUAAUGCAUUGUCCGUAUAUCCCAGUGGUUUUGCAAAGGUUACAUGUGCGUGUGCCUGGGCGACUUGCUGCUAUGAGCAAGUUCACAGCUUCUAGGUACGGUUUGCGCUAGAUGGAUUCGCGAUACGAUUUUAGUGGGCGAUUUUUAUAUUCAUAUUUGGAAUAUGAAAAUCUCUUUCAGCUAAAAGCUUUUUGAUCCCGUUAUAAAUAUAUUACAAGACUUUGUAUUACGUUCUGUAGUAAUAGCAUAAUAUAAUUGUAUUUAAUAACAUUAAAACUUUGAGAACAAUACAGGAUUUGUGAACAUCAAAACCUAACCCGAUGUUUAUUGUUCGGCAUAAUGUAAGAUUUACAAUUAAAUUUCUAUUUCUACAGAACUUGACUCAAUAUGCCUUAACGUUAAAAUAGAACCCGUUGAACUUUUGCAACACAAUAGAUGAUUAUAAAUGGGGUUAUCAUUCAUAGCACCUCCCGCUUGGCCCCCUGCUGUGCUGCGUGUCAUCAUCACUUCGCUUCUGAGCUGUGAUGUUUAGCAAAUGUUUAGUUUAUAUUGCGUCUUUCUCGUAACGAUGUCUCGGUAGUAAUUUUAGUCAUUAAGAUACAAUAUCGGUCCCUAUAAUAGAUAGGUAAUAAAGAUGGCAAAGGCUUAAUUUCUAAUAAAAUAAAUGUUUCCAUAGCACGUUAAAUUCGUAUAUAUUCUCUACUAUAUUCAUAGUUGUUUCAAUUUCAUGAACAUAAAAUCUGGUUUUCCAAAAACAUACAAUACACUUGGAUUCGUAAUUUAAUAAUUGGUUGAAGUUCUCUAUUUGCUUUUAAGAUGCAUUAGCUUCAUACUAGAUCUGUAACUUAUGUAAGUACUUAUGAAAUAAUCACGCGAGAGCGCAGUCUCGCAACAAUUUCCACACCAACACUUGUUUUAUUUUGUAACGUGUCCAAACAUACUGCGUCUUAUGAGGAGUUAUGGAACUAUGGCCGACGAAAUGUCCAGAAAACCAAAGACAAAUCACAAUUUUUAGAUUUAUUUAUUGUUUGAGGUAAUUACCAGCUGAAAUUUAAUUUAAGCCCCGAAUUACUCAAUGGUUCCAAAGCUCCUUGAUGUGUUGCAAUACAUUUAUAUCGUUUAGAUGUAAAGUUAUACGGCCGACAUUAACAAACGAUCGUGAUCGAUAUCUCCCUAUGUUCUUAAAAAUAUACCAAUUAAAGUAUUAUGGGAUGGGAUGUUUUAACUUUAUUCUGAUUGGUGCAUUUUUGCGAUCGACCUAGAGAUAUGGAUUAAGAUCGUUUUAUAAAUUCGGCCGUUAGUCAAUUAUUUCACUUUUAAGUUAGAUACUUGAUUUUAUUAUAUUUUAUUUAUUGUAUAUCAUAAAACUAAAUUAUCUCGUUUUUUGUCACUUUAGAAGUAUACUACGCUUUUUUACAUA